UUGGUCCGUUAUCUAGCUCUUAUCAAAUUAUGGUGUUAUACGAUUAAAUUGUACAUUAAACAUACAUCAUAGAGCCAAGUGGAGCAUAUAUAUUCAACGUUUAAAACAUGAUUACUAGUCCUUUGCUUGCUAUACUUCUUUUAAAUGGACUUGUUGAAAUCUUCUCAGCAUAUGGCAACACUUUAACAUGCCGUGCAUGUCACAAAGCAAGUACCCUAUCUGACUGCAAUACUGUAGUUUCUUGUAAUGGAACAUUGGAGGACUGCUAUAUGGAGGAGAUUAUUACUACGAAUCUAACCAUAGUGUAUGACGGCGGUUGUAGGUCAAAGGCUGCUUGCAGUACCACCCGAGUUCGAAGGUAUCCUGAGCUUGUCGCAUGUUCGAAAUGCUGUGACUUCAAAAACGAGUGUAAUAAACCAUUGUGUGGAAUAAGAGAUGACACGUAUAUUCCUGACCCACAGUGCUAUAAUUGUGAUCACAGAACAUCUGAACAGUCCGAAGUAGCAGAUCCGUCUAAGUGUGUAACUCUCACUACGUGUAAACCGGAGGAGAUGUGCUUUGCAACUGAAUCCGAUGUUAGCGGUCGGACAAUGUUUUUCUACGGUUGUUUGAAUAAGGUUGAAUGUGGGAUACUUAUGGGAAAAGCUUACGACAAUUAUAAGAUGUGUGUAGCUAAUGUAACACAACCACCAGUCGGAGUGUCACGUGAUCAGGCUUGCCGUAAUGUUGGAAAACGUUCAGCCUCGAUCUGCCGUGCAUGCUGUGAUGUAGGUGGUUGUAACUAUGGAACAUGUGAAGAACUUCAAGAGCGGAUAUUCAAGCUGGCUAUCCUUGGAAAAUUCAACAUGACUACUUUAAAAAACAUGUGACAAAAAAACAAUAAACGUGAUGCAGCGUAUGAUGU